AUUGCAUCUGUGGUCAAAUUUGGUUAUCGGGAUGGGUUGUGAGUGUUCGAAGUUCGCAGAUUGUUGUUUUGGUUCAGAGGAAACCAAACCAGUUGCUAGUGUUCCAGAAGAUGAAAGUGUUGUGAAGAGCGAGUUGGAUGUGCCCACAUUUCGUGAGUUCACCAUUGAUCAAUUGAGGACGGCUACGUCUGGAUUUGCUGUUGAAAAUAUAGUAUCUGAACAUGGGGAAAAGGCUCCGAAUGUGGUUUACAAGGGGAAACUCGAUAACCAGAGACGAAUCGCCGUCAAAAGAUUUAAUAGAUCAGCCUGGCCAGAUGCUAGACAGUUUUUGGAGGAAGCAAGAGCUGUCGGUCAGCUUCGAAACCAUAGAUUGGCAAAUUUACUUGGCUGUUGCUUCGAGGGCGAGGAGCGGUUGCUUGUUGCAGAAUUUAUGCCCAAUGAAACAUUAGCAAAGCACUUAUUUCAUUGGGAAAAUCAGCCUAUGAAGUGGUCGAUGCGGUUAAGGGUGGCACUACAUCUUGCACAGGCUCUUGAAUAUUGCACCAGCAAAGGGCGAGCACUUUAUCACGAUCUAAAUGCUUACAGAAUUGUUUUUGAUGAUGAAGGGAACCCUCGACUUUCAUGUUUCGGUCUGAUGAAAAAUAGUAGAGAUGGGAGAAGUUACAGCACAAAUUUGGCAUUUACUCCCCCUGAAUAUUUAAGGACAGGUGGAAUAACACCAGAAAGUGUCAUAUACAGCUUUGGAACUCUUUUGCUUGAUCUUCUAAGUGGAAAACAUAUUCCUCCAAGCCAUGCUCUAGACCUCAUACGGGACAGGAAUCUUCAGAUGCUUACUGAUUCUUGUCUGGAAGGACAAUUCUCAAAUGAUGAGGGUACUGAAUUAGUGCGGCUUGCUUCACGCUGUUUACAAUAUGAACCUAGAGAGCGUCCCAAUACAAAAUCAUUAGUUGCGGCAUUGAUUCCUCUUCAGAAAGAUGUCGAGGUAACUUACCCCCCACCCGCUUAGUGCUUGCAUUUAUCA